AGCUCUUUUUCAUCCGCCAUGGCCUUCUCCGAGCUCAUGGAUCGAGUGGGCAGCAAGGGCACCUUCCAGUUCCUGAACAUGGUCUUGCUGGGCCUUCCAGUCCUGGGCCUGGCCAACCACUACCUGCUGCAGAUCUUCACAGCUGCUACGCCGCCCCACCACUGUCGCCUGCCCCCCAACACCUCCGCCGGGCCCUGGGGGCUCCCCAAGGGCCUGGAUGGGAAGCCUGAGACGUGCCUCCGUUUCAUAUAUACACCCAACACCAGCCUGCCCAACAACACCCAGGGGGCCACCGAGCCAUGCCUGGACGGCUGGGUCUAUGACCUCCACACCGUGGACUCCAUUGUGACCGAGUGGGACUUGGUGUGUGACUCCAGAAGACUGAAAGAGGUGGCCCAGUCUGUCUUCAUGGCGGGGACUCUGAUUGGGGGGAUUGUGCUGGGAGACCUGUCAGACAGCUCCAGGUUUGGCCGGAAGCCCAUCCUGACCUGUAGCUACCUGCUGCUGGCGGCCAGCGGUUCCGGCGCAGCCUUCAGCCCCAACUUCUCCAUCUACACGGUCUUCCGCUUCCUGAGCGGCUGGAGUGUCUCAGGCAUUGUUCUGAGUACCACCAUCUUGAAUGUCGAGUGCGUCUCCAUCCAGAUGCGGGCCAUCAUGUCAACUUUAAUGGGUUACUUCUAUACCUGUGGCCAGUUCAUUCUGCCUGGCCUGGCCUAUGCCAUCCCCCAGUGGCGCUGGCUACAGUUAACCGUGUCCAUUCCCUUCUUCGUCUUCUUCCUGUUGUCCUGGUGGAUACCAGAGUCUGUACGCUGGGUGGUCCUGUCUGGAAAAUUCUCAAAGGCCCUGAAAAUACUCCGGUGGAUGGCUGCCCUCAAUGGCAAGAAGGAAGAAGGAGAAAAACUCAGUGUGGAGGAUCUCAAAUUCAGCAUGCAGAAGGAGAUCUCCUUGGCCAAGGCCAAGUACAGCAUGGCUGACCUCUUCAUGACACCCAACCUGUGCCGUGUGACCUUCUGUCUUUCUCUGGCCUGGUUUUCCACUGGUUUUGGCUACUACAGUCUGGCUAUGAGUGUGGAAGAUUUUGGAGUCAACCUCUAUGUCCUCCAGCUCAUCUUUGGUGGGGUCGACAUCCCGGCCAAGUUCAUCACCGUCCUCUCCAUGAACCAUCUGGGCCGACACAUCACUCAGGCGGGUGCUCUACUUCUGGCAGGAGGGGCCAUUCUGGCUAUCAUCUUUGUGCCCUCAGACUUGCCAACCCUGAGGACAGUCCUGGCUGUGUUUGGGAAGGGCUGCCUGUCCAGCUCCUUCAGCUGCCUCUUCCUCUACACGACCGAGCUAUACCCCACGGUCAUCCGGCAAACAGGUAUGGGCAUAAGCAACAUGUGGACCCGUGUGGGAAGCAUGUUGGCCCCACUGGUGAAAAUCACAGGGGAGUUGCAGCCCUUCAUCCCCAGUGUUAUAUUUGGGACCGUCACCUUCCUUGGAGGCAGUGCCGCCUACUUCCUGCCUGAGACGCUCAAUCGGCCCUUGCCAGAGACUAUCGAAGACGUGGAAAACUGGUCCUGGCGGGCAAAGAAACCAAAGCAGGAACCAGAAGCAGAGAAAGCAUCCCAGAAGAUCCCUCUGCAGCCUUGUGGACCGGGCCAGGAUCUCAGCUGAAGACAGCAGAGCCCUCCUUUCCCUGCCCUUCAGAAACGAAUCCCAGCCAGGUCUUCGCCUGCCUCUGGGCUCUGGGGGCACCUUGGGAGGCCCUGAGCAGGUCCAUGCUCCAGCCCAAAGGUUUGACUACAGACCCUUCCCAUGCCCCACCCUUGUCCUCAUCCUCCCUCAGCCGAGGCCAUGUCAUUCUUCUGUCCAGCCCUUCCUCACAGGCCACCUUCCCCCA